AUGGCAGCCUCCAAGAAUCCAGUCCCUUCUGAGCAGUUCACCAAAAUCAAAGAACUGGAAUUGACACUGGAAACAGCUCCAGAGAAGCAGGACAAGGAAGAUGGGGUGUGUGGCGUCACAGAAUGUAGCAGCCUGGGAAAGCCAGACGCCCAGCACAUCCACAGAGCCCAGGGCCCUAUCCUAGUAGGGAAUCACGAGCUUGUCCCGAGCCCAGCAGAGGGGAGCGAGAAUGGCAUCCUCGCCUUACAGCCAGUGCAGCUCACUCCUGAGGAAGCCCAGCUGCAACGUGGAGGCCGGCCGGCACCUCAGUCCCAUGAAGGGGUGCAGGUGCUUGUGCACCAGGCCCAUAACUCCCUGCUGUGGGUGGAUGGGGAGCCCCAGCAGAGCUUGUACCCCUAUGUGACCAUCAGCCUCCAGGAAGAGGUUUACUCGGUGCAAGAGGUGGAGCUGAUGGAGUUCCAGGUUCUGGAUGAGAGCAGGGCUGAAACCAGUGAGAAUACAUUUGUGGUGAACCUGUCUGAAAACACCAGAUUGAUUAAGCUUAAGAAAGGUGAGGAGGAGACCCAGUAUCUGGUUGGAGGAGAAUUCGUUAGGACACCAGGGGAGCAGCUCUUUCUUGUGGAAGCCACCGCAGGCGAGGAAGGAAGCAAUGAAGUUGUUUUAACAAUUUCAAACUUGAGCGUGGAAGAGCCCGAAGAUAUAUCUGCAUCUGGUCAGUCACAGCCUGGGAAAGCGGACGCUACAAAAAGCCCACAGAAGACAGAGGGAGUGAAACGAACUUUCCAGUGUGAUGUCUGCACAUUCACCUCUUCCAGAAUUUCAAGUUUCAAUCGUCACAUGAAAACACAUAGUGGUGAGAAGCCAUAUGUGUGCCACCUGUGUCUGAAAGCUUUCCGUACUGUCACACUUCUGCGGAAUCACAUCAACACCCAUACAGGAACCAGACCAUAUAAAUGUGGCGACUGUGAUAUGGCCUUUGUCACCAGUGGAGAGCUUGUCCGCCAUAGGCGUUACAGACAUACUCAUGAGAAGCCCUUCAAGUGUUCCAUGUGCAAGUAUGCCAGUGUAGAAGCGAGCAAAUUGAAGCGCCACAUCCGCUCCCACACAGGUGAACGCCCCUUUCAGUGCUGUCUCUGCAGCUAUGCCAGCAAAGACACCUACAAGCUGAAACGCCACAUGAGAACACACUCAGGUGAGAAACCCUAUGAAUGUCACAUCUGUCAUGCACGCUUCACUCAGAGGGGCACCAUGAAAAUACACAUUGUACAGAAGCACAGCGAGAAUGUCCCCAAGUACCAGUGUCCACAUUGUGCCACUACCAUUGCCAGGAAGAGUGACCUGCGUGUGCAUCUACGCAACCAGCACACAUACAAGGCAGCAGAGAUGAAGUGUCGCUACUGUUCUGCUAGCUUCCAUGAACGCUAUUCCCUCGUUCAGCACCAGAAAACUCACAAAAAUGAGAAAAGGUUCAAGUGUGAGCACUGCGGCUAUGCCUGCAAGCAGGAACGCCAUAUGACAGUUCACAUACGUACCCACACUGGAGAGAAACCGUUUUCCUGCCUCACCUGUAAUAAAUGUUUCCGGCAGAAGCAACUUCUAAAUGUUCACUUCAGGAAAUACCAUGAUACAAGUUUCAUCCCAACUGUUUAUGAAUGCCCCACGUGUGGCAGAGGCUUUUCCCGCUGGAACAACAUGCAGAGACACUCCGAGAAGUGUGACGGGGAGGACAAAAAGCUGACUCACUCAGGAAAAAGAAUGAAAAAGAAAAAGCAAACCAAUCCGCAAGAAGCAGAAAUGGAAAAAGAUGCAACUGCUACUGCUACUGUGGAUGCCACCGCAGGGAGGGGAGAGCAGUUCCCAGGGGAGACGGGGCUCGUCCACUUCCAGGAAGCCCCAGCCGGAGACCAGGACCUGGAAGAAAACAUGACCUGCGAGAUGAUCCUUGACAUGAUGGAUAAGUGAUGCCAGGCUCCCUGCUCCAGCACUUCACUCUGCAGCAGUCCAUCGGGUCUAGUUUCACCUCUUCUUUGAGGCAGUUGAGUUCAUGACCAUGGUCACACACUCCAGAGUUUAUGAGUUGUUCGCUUACUUUUAACCAGACAUUUCACAAAGCAUUGCAGGUGUUGUUUAAAAGGUGUUGUUCUAAUUCUUGAAUUGGAGGGAAAGAGCUCAAAUCUAUGAAUUGUAUUCACUUGAUACUGGCCAGGGGGGACCACAUGAAUGAGUGAUGAUUUUUAUUUUUGGGGUAGAAGCCACUUUAGCAGCAGUGUAGCCAAUAUAGUGUUUCAGCAAACAGUCAAGGCUGGAAAGCUUUGAAUUGCUUGUCUCCCCAGAUAUUUUUUAAUAUUAGGACUUUUAAAUAGCAAAGAUUAUUUUUGUAUCCUCUUUUAUACAAAUGAAUUUUCCAUAAAAUUUAAAGCUACCAGAAUGUUUUUAAUUAGUUCCGAAUACAAGGAUAAAAGGUCUUAGGCUUAUGAAAAUAACUGCUUAAAAAAUCACUAGGUGAGGCUAGAAAAAUAAUGCCGACUCUGUUUGACUUUGGCAGAUGAGCAGGGUUUGCUUUUAGCCUUUCGUAUCCCUUCUCCAUUAUGCUCCCCUGCUUCUAUCCCCUGACUGCUAAUGUAUAUUACUUUGUCCAUCGCCCUUUUGCUUUGCCAAAACUACUUUUAUAUUUUUAAUAAUUUGUAGAGUAAGAAGAAACACAACAUCUGAUGAUGAAAUGUACAUAUAAGGAACUGAUCUUUUUUUUCUUUCUUAUAGCCCUGCCUAUAAUUAGUAACUAUUUCUUUUCCUAGUUGGUGAGAUUUUUUGCCAUCUUUGAGCAGUCUGUGAAAAACCUUGGUAGUCCUUAAAAUUGACUAGUGCCUCUCUUUACAAGGAGUCGUUUUCCCUCUUUUUCCGAGAACAACUGCUUUUGCUGUCAGUUUUUCUCCCCAUAUUUAAAAAUUGUUUACAGGUCCUAAAUAUACAUUGACAAUAACAUUUUUUUAAGAUACCUAAACUGUACUUCCCAGUGAUUUGAUGUACAUUUACAUUGUGAAAGGAUUCCUUCCUGUCCAGUUAACUAGAUUCAAAUUCUUCAAGUGCUAGUCUGCUGUUAAAAAAAUAUUCCAAGUCCAGACUCCCCAUAGUAGGUGAAUAUGAGAAAUUAACUUCCCAGCAGGAAGGGCACUCUAGUCCUCUCAGGCCAGCAAAUUCAUUGAAUUCACGUAAGUCUUAGGUUCUAUGGCCUGUUGUAUGCUGUCAUUGUGACUAUUUGAGUUCUUAUAAUAGUUUCUUAAUCUUUGCCUUGUUUAAAGAUCUUUUGCAUAUCUCAAUAAAAUGAAAUGAUUUCAAUUGAUA